AUGGAGGUCCCUUUUAAGAUUAAAGCCUUUGCUUGGAGACUUUUUGUGAAUAGGCUUCCUACUAAAGAUCUUUUAGAGUUUAGAGGUAUUCAUUUUUCUACACCUAACUUGAAUUGUGUUUUUUGUGAUUCGCAUUUGGAGAAUAUGGACCAUAUGUUUUUCAAAUGCGAAGUGAUUAAGGUUGUUUGGAAGGAAAUUGGUUUGUGGGUGGACUACCCGUGUUGGUGGAUGGAAGAAUGCAAGCCGUUCUUUAUGGAAUGGUAUCUCAACGGGCGGGUAAAAGGUAUCAAGGAUGGAAAAUUGGGGGUGUUUUGGUUAGCCACUUGUUGGGUUAUAUGGUUGACAAGAAAUGGCCAUUGUUUUAGGAACGGCGGUUGGAAUAUUAACAACAUUGUUUGGAAUAUCAAGAUCUUAAGUUGGAGAUGGUCUUCUUUCGGCGAUAUUGCUCACUCCAAUUAUAACUUUUACGAUUUUUGUAAAGAUCCUUUGUCUUUUAUGUCGUAA